GGCGCCGCGGGUGGCGCUGGCCGCCUGCCUCGGCUCUUUCCUCUUGGUCGUUUUCUACUUCCAGAGCAGCCUCAACCCAGGAGGUUUGUACAACUGGGCAGCCCCCAAGGCUUUCUCAGAGGCUGGAAGCAUCACCUCAGAAAUCACUGCCCAUGGUAACUCUUCUGAAGAACGUGUCUGGGAAGGAGCCACAGAAGACAGGGUUAUGAGGACCACCUGGCAAGGGAAGGCCGGUCGCAGCCCGCUCCAGGCCCUGUACGAGAGUGACCAGUUUGAGCAGUCAUCGCUGCAGGCGGUUCACCAGCAGAGACGCGAGCUGUUGAGCAACAUCUGCAACCGUUACACCCGCAAACGGCGUCUCCUGAGGCCCGAUGACUUGCGGCACUUGGUGGUGGACGAUACGCAUGGGCUGCUCUACUGCUAUGUGCCCAAAGUGGCCUGCACUAACUGGAAGCGUGUCAUGAUGGUCCUGACGGGGCAAGGCAAAUACCAGGACCCGCUGGAAAUCCCCGCCAAUGAGGCCCACGUCUCAUCCAACCUGCGCACCCUCUCCGAGUACAGCAUCCCCGAGAUCAACCACCGCUUGCGCAGCUACCUCAAGUUCAUCUUCGUGCGGGAGCCCUUUGAGCGCCUGGUCUCGGCGUACCGCAAUAAGUUCACCCGCAGCUACAACACAGCCUUCCACAAGCGCUAUGGGACCAAAAUCAUCCGACGGCACCGGCAGGAGCCCAGCGACAAGGCGUUGGAGCGCGGGGACGACGUGCGCUUCGAGGAAUUCGUCUACUACCUGCUGGAUCCACGGACACAGCGGGAGGAGCCCUUCAACGAGCACUGGGAGCGGGUGCACUCACUGUGCCACCCCUGCAUCAUCCACUACGAUGUAGUGGGCAAGUACGAGACCUUGGUGGAAGAUGCCAACUACAUCCUCCAGCUGGUCGGGGCUGACGCUACUGUCAAGUUCCCAUCCUCAUCCAAGACCACCAGGACGACAGAUGACAUGACAGCCCAGUUCUUCCAGGAUAUUAGCCCCUUCUACCAAAGGAGACUCUUUAAUUUAUACAAAAUGGACUACUUACUCUUCAAUUACUCCAUCCCCUCUUACCUCCGCAUCCGAUGAGGGUGGACCCAGGGGAGUGGUGAUGGAGAGCUGGAUAACUCUCAUCGCAACUCCUCUCCUCCCAGCCUGUACUCAUCUCUCAGUUAAUUCCUGCUACCACCUCAAGGCCCUCUCCAUUACUGCUCCAUAUCCAGAUGUCUCGUUUGGACCUGGUCUGGAUCUGGAGCAAGGACACCUCACGAAGCAUUGGGGCUGGAGCUUUUCCUUCCCUUUUCUUUCCCCCACUUUGACAUCUACAGUAGAUGUUUGUGGGGAAAGGACGCUGCUGGGUUUGAAGGCUUGGCUUAUCUGGUGACUUUCUUUCAACUAGGAGUCUCCUCUGUAGAUCCAAGUCUUGGGAAGGCUCCUUCUUUGGGCAGGAUCCCUUUGGGUCUUUCUCCUCCUUACUGUGCUGUUUGGAGGACAGACGUGGAGUCUCGGGGGCAGGAGGGGGCAGGGUGGAGCAUGUCAGAGACUUGCAUAGACCCGUAAAUAAAGCAAUAAUUUAAUGUAA